UGUGGCAUUUUCAGUUGUUCGAGGCGUGGUCCCAGCGUUAGGGGGUAUAAGCGUAUAGCUUCAGUCGUUUCUUUCUGUUCCCCCACAUCAACCAAGCCCCUUGGACGUUUUGGAGUUGUGCAAAUUUGUUCUAUUUUAAUAAUUAUAUCUUGUGAAUCAAUCUCAUACGAAAUUGUGAAGAAGAAUCUCAACUGGAGAGACUGGUGAUUGUGUGUCAACCAAAUGGAUUUGGUUUGAUUGUGUUCAUAUCUGCAACGUCCAUCGCGAAGGCCUAAACAAUCGCGUUCGUUUUGCUCACCGGAAAAGCAGAGGCGAAGAAAGACAACACACACCCCACAGCUCGGUAGUUUUUGUUGUUCCUGCUUUCGUAUUGUCGACGAGACGCUCGUUAAGGCUCGGAGCAAGGUUAGACACGAGAAUCUCAUUUUAAUUGGUCCCCCUUCCAUGUUAGGCCUGACAUAUUCUCCUUUUUAAAAGUAACUGGUUUCUUUCUCAUUUUGUAGGAAGACAAAUAUUGCAGAGAGAGACUUUCGUCAAUCCGGAUGUUUAUCCCCAGAUUUUUUCGAAAACGUGUGUAAAGUGACGUAGAGGAAAUGUGUGUACCCACACACACACGAAGUACACCUGCUUGCACAGGUGAAAGUUUUGUCACGCCAAUUAAGGAGAGUGCCCGCGACCCCACCCCGACGUUAUAGCCCAACCAAAAAAAAAAAGUCUAAAAAACUUUACCGAAAAAUGGCCGGCCCGCGGCUCGGGACUUCCGGCCUGCUAAUGGUUCUCUUCUACAUGGCUUCGACAACAACAGCGAUGGUUCAAUCACCGCCGCAAGUUGUCAAACAACCGCCUUCGGACGAACUCCUAUUCCAAGUGGCGCAGAGGAUCGACGAGAACGACAAACCGUUUAUCAUCGAAUGCGAAGCGGAAGGCGAACCCGCCCCAAAAUACCGAUGGGUCAAGAACGGUUUUGAUUUCCUGUGGCAGUCCUACGACGACCGAAUCUCUCAGCAGCCCGGAAGAGGGACGCUGGUCAUCACCACGCCCCGAGAUGAAGAUAUCGGGCAAUAUCAAUGUUUCGCAUCCAACGAGUGGGGAACGGCGACAUCGAAUUCGGUUUUUGUCCGAAAAUCGGAUCUCAAUUCGUUCAAAGACGAGCCGCCCAUGACCGUUUCGGCCCAGGAGGGCUCGCCAUUCAGUUUGCGCUGCCAGCCGCCCGACGGCUGGCCCAAACCCUCCGUCUACUGGAUGAUGCAGAACAGCAACGGAGCCCUGCGCAGCAUCAACUCGUCCAGGAUGACGGUCGAUCCGGAGGGCACGCUCUGGUUCUCCAACGUCACACGCGAAGACACCAGCGAUGACUUUGUCUACGCCUGCUCAGCCACCUCUCUUUUCCGAAACGAAUACAAACUGGGCAACAAAGUUUACCUGGACGUCAUCGCGACUGGCAGCGCUGCGGCUCAGAAUCGCCACGAACCCGUCUCGCAGUACGUGUCGCGUAAAAACGCCGUGGCCCAUCGUGGCAAGAGUAUCGAGUUGUGGUGCGUCUUCGGCGGCACUCCUCUCCCACAGAUCCGCUGGACCAAGGAAGGCGCCGCUCUGCCCGCCGGCCGUACCACUUACUCCUCCUACGGCAAGACGUUGAUCAUCAAAAGUGUCGAUUCUGAGGACGCUGGCAACUACGAAUGCGAGGCCAGCAACGGCGUCGGACUGGCCAAGUCUUAUUCCAUCAGCCUCCAGGUCUUGGCGGCUCCUUACUUUACCGUCGAGCCGGAAGUGUACGUGGGCGCCGAAGACGAGCUGGCCGAAUUCCGAUGCGAGGCCAACGGCUCGCCGGCCCCCGAGAUCAAAUGGAUCCACAACGGCAAACCCAUCGAAGAGGCGUCCGUCAAUCCGCGCCGGAAGGUCUUCCCUAACCGCAUUGUCAUUGAGCGGCUGCAGAAGAGCGACACGGGCAACUACGGCUGCAACGCCACCAACAGUAUCGGUUACGUCUACAAGGAUGUGUACCUCAACGUUUUGGCCUUGGCGCCCGACAUUGAGGACGCCCCCGACGACACGGCCACCGUCGACGGAUCGGCCGUCAAUCUCACCUGUAAAGUUUUCGGCUCGCCCAAGCCGCUCGUCAAGUGGAUUCGCGACGGAUUGGAACUGACUGGUGGACGCUACCGUGUCAUGGACAGCGGAGAUCUGGAAAUUAGGGAUGUGACCUUCACUGAUGCUGGGGUGUAUUCUUGUCACGCCACCAACAAAUUCGGAUCAGCCAACGCCAACGGAACUCUCAUCGUCAAAGAGCGAACUGUCAUCAGGGAUGGACCCGAAGACUACGAAGUGGCUGCUGGACAGACGGCCACUUUCCGUUGCAAUGCCGUUGCCGACUCGUCGCUCAACUUGACGAUCGAGUGGCUGCACGCCGAUCAAUUGAUCGAUUUCGAGCAGGAGCCGCGGUUCGUCCAAUCGCAGGACUCGUCGCUGACCAUCACCAAGACGACCGAGCUGGACACUGGCGACUACACAUGCCGUGCCAAAACUAUCCUCGACUUGGCAGAAGACAAGGCCACUCUCAUCGUUCAAGACGUCCCCAACCGGCCGAGAAUGGUGGGCAUCCAGUGCAACAACCGCGAUGCAGCCAUAGAAUGGACGCCUUCCGGCGAUAAUCGAGCCCCUAUCUUGACCUACACGAUACAAUUUAACACGAGUUUCACGCCGGACAGCUGGGAAGUGUCAUUUGAGAACGUGCCGGCCACCGAGACGCGCUUCAAAGUUGAGAUGAGCCCUUGGUCCAAUUACACUUUCCGCGUCAUUGCCCGUAAUAAGAUUGGCCCGUCGCUUCCAUCGGAUCACUCUUCCAUGUGCACGACGCCUCCUGACGUGCCCAACAAGAACCCGGAUAACGUGGAGGGACGCGGCACGUCGCCCACCAAUUUGGUCGUCACGUGGAACCCCAUGCCCGAGAUCGAGCACAACGGGCGUAACUUCCACUACCGAGUGUAUUGGCGCCGCGACAUUCCCGGCGAAGAUUGGAACAUUGAAAUGAUUUCCGACUGGAGACAGUCGUCCAUUCUCAUCCCCAAUCAACCCACUUUUAAACGCUAUCGCAUCAAAGUGGUGGCCUUUAAUCAGAUUGGCGAGGCCAAUGUGGCAGCUCAAGAAGUGACUGGCUAUUCCGGAGAGGACGUUCCGCUGGAGGCGCCGUCCAACUUCACUUUGAAUCAAAUUAUCGAUGAAAGAAGCGCGAUCCUUUCCUGGAAUCCCGUCAAUCCGGACUCUGUCCAAGGACACUUCAAAGGCUACAAGAUUGAGACUUGGACAGAAAAGGAAGGAGAAAUUCGGGCACGUGAAAUGAUUAGCAACGCUUCAAAGGCGUUCGUCAACAAGUUUGUCCCGCACACUGUCAAUCUCGUUCGCGUUCGAGUCAUCAAUUCGGCUUACCGAGGACCGGCCAGCGACGUUCUCUCCUUCAAGACUCCAGAAGGAAGACCUGGACCAGUGGACUACUUUGAAGCCGCCCCUCUAGGCUCUUCGGCUUUCUACUUGAUCUGGAAGCAGCCAGAAGAGCCCAACGGCAAUUUGCGAGGCUACAAAAUCUUUUACGAAAAAGUGGAAGGCACCAAAAUCGGACCCCAGAUCGAAAGGGAACCGCCCAUUCGGGAUCCGACUCAGACCCGAGCCAAAUUGGCUGGUCUCGAGCCCAACACUAAAUACCGCCUCCACAUCAAAGCCAUGACCAUUGCCGGCGAAGGAGAUGAUUACUACAUUGAACGAAACACGCGCAACGGAAAUGCCUAUCCGCCCGACAAGCCGCAAUUCACGUGGAACCAGGUGACGUUGGACAACGGAAUGCCGGCCAUCAAAGUCGUCUGGCAUCCGAAUGUCGACGGUCAGCCUGGCUCCCAUUUCUUCGUCCAGUACCGACGCAAAGGAGAGACCAUCUACAUCAAGAGCGAAGAUGAAUUCGACGAGAACUUUAUCAUUUUACGCGGACUGGAGCCCAAUCAACUCUACGAAAUUUGCGCAGUCGUCGUCGACGGUGACUACUUCACCGAAAGCGACCCAGAAGAGGUCGAGAUGUAUGCUGAUGGACCGUACAUUCAAGGAGCUUCUGCUGUGGCAUCGACGGGAUGGUUUAUCGGCAUGAUGCUGGCCCUUGCAUUAUUACUCUUGGUCCUGGUCCUGGUUUGCAUCAUUAAACGCAACCGAGGUGGAAAGUACGCUGUCCACGAGAGAGAAGCCACUCACGGUCGCAAGGAUUUCAACGAGGACGCCGGAUUCCACGAAUACUCGCAACCAGUUGGUAGCAGCCGGGCGCCCAGCAAAGCCUCUUUGAGCAGCGGAGCCAAAAUGCCGCCCGAGAGCGAGGAUAAUGACUCCAUGGCCGAAUACGGAGAAGGAGAAGCAGGUGAAUUUGCUGAAAGUGGUUCGUUUAUUGGACAAUACGGUCAAAGCAAACUGCCGACCCCCUUGACGACAGCUAGUGUGGCAACUAUUGUUUAGAAAAAACCAAAUUUUUUUUCCUCUCCUUCACACUUUACAACAAAAAGAUUAACCGUUCCCUCCACCCUUGAUUUUUUUUCUCUUUUUUAAAUUAUUAUUAUUCCGUCAGCCUCCCAGAAAAACUAAAGGCUAACAUAAUUAUUUUUGUGGACCGCAAUCUCAUCAUUUCUUCUCUUGUGUACAUUGUGCAAUGCCGAUGCUUUGUUAUGAGCUUUCCGCCAACUUUUUCUCCACACAAUUUUUUUUCUUUUCAACUUUUUUUUUUCAUUUGUUUUUGAGUCUCCCCCCAACUUUCUUUCGUUAUAAUUGACUUCUUACUUGAUUGUCAUAUCAAAUUAUGUGCGCGUGCGACCGGAAGAAAACUACGCUGUCGUCGUCGAAUUGCUAGUGUGUUGAAAGGGGGAGUGAGUUGUUGACAGGUGCCUACAUGGAGUCAUGACCCCCCACUCUACAUGUGUCUAGUGCCGAUACAUGCUUCUCUCCUGCUUCUUCUUUGGACGAUAACCCUGUUUCCCUUUCUUAACUCCUCCACACACCCUUCCACUAGCUACUACAUCAUCCUCCUCAAACAACAUAAAAAUGCACAAAAGAGCCAAAAACAAAAAUUUUUGACUAUUUGCGAUCUCGAUAACACGAGGUUGCGCAAUCGAUCUGAAUUUUUUUCUUCACGUACGAAGAUCUGCAAUUACUUUUUUUUUUAACUUUAAGCCAGCAAAUUUAUUUUUUAGUUUCUUCUCCGUUUUGUGUGUGUUCAAUCCGGCAGCUUGAAGCUUUUUUGGCCAAUUCGCCAAUCACAACCGUCCUCUUUGAUUUAUUCUUUCUCUCUCUUGAUUCUCCAGUUUUCUUACUUAUUUUUGUUUUUGGUUUCCAAAUCCCCUCUUUUGUCAUCGUCCGCCGAUUUUUAUCUUUUCAAUCGCCCGCUUCUGUCCUUCCACACAUGUUUGUGUAUUGAUCUUUAUAUACAUUCCCGCGAAAGAAUCAUUCGUUUGUGAAAGAGAAAGCAGGCUAAUUAAUGGUCACCAUCAUUACAGUUUUACUUUAACAAUAAUAACAGCGCACUGUUUUCCUGUUUCAAAAACAUUUCAAACUGAUUACGAGCAAGACAAAAAAACAAACAAAAAAGUUAAAUAUUAUAUAAGAGGGAGUGCCAUGGUUAAAUUCUGGGUCUAGAUGAAAGCCGUAGCCGACGUAUUUGCGAACAAAAACACAGCUGCCGAAUGUGAACGGGGAAACAGCUUAUAUUUUUAUAUAUGAAGCCCUCUUUCCCCUUUCUCCUUGGAAAAUGAACCGAAUGGAUUUGAUUUGAAUAAAAGCUCGACACACA